UAUUUUUAGCAAUAGGUUGCUGUAACUAAAAUUAAAUAUGGCUGAAACAGCAACUGGUGAACCAGAUGUUCCUAACAACCAAAGAGAGCUUCAAAUACAGAAUGCCAAAGCUUAUUUACUAAAAACAAGCACAAAGUCCAACACAAACCUAUACGAUCAUUUAUCUCGAGUAUUAACAAAAGUAUUAGAUGAAAGGCCGGAAAAUGUUGCUGACAUAUUUGAAGAUGUAUCAAGGCGUGUAAAGCGUGAAAAAUUUGUUUCAAAUGUGGACGCUGUUCGUGAUGAAUUUGAACCUAGUACUGAGUUUGCGCUCGCAGAGAUUCAAAAGCCUCUUUUUGAAAAAAGCGGUGAUGCUGAUGACCAAAUGGAAGCUGAAGAAGAGGUUGAAACCCCACUCCCAAAUCUUAUGGAACUUGCAUACAACUUCGAACAAGCUGGAAUUGGGCUCGGCUCAGAAGAAAUGUAUAGAGUGUAUCUUGCAUUGAAACAACUUGUUGACACAUACCCACUCCAAACUGUCAGAUUUUGGGGAAAGAUUCUUGGCUCAGAUGCAAACUACUUUGUUGCUGAAGUUCAAUAUCGAGAAGGGGAGGAAGAAGAAGAAGAGGAGGAAGAAAAACAGGAUGAUGAAGAGAAAGAAGAAGAAAAAGACGAUGAAGAUGAGGAAGGAGAAGGCGGUGAGGAAGAUGAAGUUCCAAAACCUGACUACAAACCCCCUCCUGUAAUUCCGAAAGAAGAUAACAGGACGGGCACCAACAAAUAUGUCUAUUUUGUUUGUAAUGAACCAGGAAAACCAUGGACAAAACUUCCUCCAGCUACUCCUGCGCAGCUCAGCGCUGGCAGAAAAAUCAAGAAGUUCUUUACUGGAAAAUUAGAUGCCCCAGUUGUUAGUUAUCCACCUUUUCCAGGCAAUGAGGCCAAUUAUCUCCGAGUUCAAGUUGCAAGAAUCAGUGCUGGCACUCAAGUUAGCCCCGCUGGUUUUUAUCAAUUUGAUGAUGAAGAGGAAGAAGAAGAGGAGGGCGAAGGUCGCACAGAUUUUGUAGAAAACCCUGACUUUGAAGGUGUUGCGCUUCGUGAUCUUGUUGACCCAUCACUUUCCAACUGGGUUCAUCAUGUACAACAUAUUCUUCCUCAAGGAAGAUGCACUUGGUUCAAUCCAGUCCAAAAGAAUGAAGAUGAAUUCGAGGAUGAGGAAGAAGAAGAGGAAAGGGAAGAGCCAGAUGAACCUGAACCAGAAGUUGGUCCUCCUCUACUAACACCACUUUCUGAAGACGUGGAAUUUGAUGGCAUUCCACCAUGGUCUGCAUCUCUAACCUCACAUUUAGUUCCUCAGCAUGCAGUUGCAACACUUCGAUCAAACCUCUGGCCUGGAGCAUUCGCGUUCUCGAAUGGCAAAAGAUUUGAAAAUGUCUACAUCGGAUAUGGACAUAAAUAUGGUGCAAGCAAUUACAGUCCCACACCACCACCACAAGUACAAAAAGAAUACCCAAGCGGGGCUGAAAUUACUGAAGCUGAAGAUCCUACAGUUGAAGAAGAAGCGGCUUUGAAAGCAGCACAAGAGGAAGCAAUGCAACAAGCUGAAGAUAUGGAGGAGAUGGAAGAAGAGGAGGAUGAGGAUGACGAAUAAACUUUUAAUGAUUCUUAGAUAGCUUUGAGCUGCUAUCCCAUAUCCAAUUGGACAUAUCAUCCUUAUUUUUAUUAUUCAACAACUUUUUUGAAAAUAAGUCUUUAAUGCUUUGUAAAUAAAAAUAUAUGUUUGUAAAAUUA